AUGCAAAGUGAUGAAGAAAUAAGUGAUAUGGAUGUAAGUAGUUCAGCAAAUGUAAAGUUAAGACCCUCAGAGGUUAUAAAUUAUUACUUGCUUUCCUUAGCCGUAGCUGAUUUACUAUGUGGCCUUCUAGUUGUACCGUUAUCAGUGUAUCCAGCGGUAGUGAACGACUGGGUGUACGGGGAAGUCAUCUGCCGACUAAUAGGCUACGUCGAAGUUACCCUUUGGGCCGUCACUGUGUACACCUUUAUGUGGAUUAGUGUAGAUCGAUAUUUAGCGGUCAGAAAACCGUUGCGGUACGAGACGCUCCAAACGAAAACCAGGUGCCAAUGUUGGAUGGUCUUUACCUGGAUAUCUGCCGCAAUGCUGUGCUGUCCUCCCCUACUCGGUUUUACGAAGUCCUCGUUCGACCCAGAUGCCUACAUCUGCAUGCUCGAAUGGGGCAGCAUGGCUGCCUAUAGCAUAACCCUCUCUAUCCUCAUUUUAGGCCCAAGCGUGAUCACGAUUAUCUAUACCUACACCUACAUCUUCAGCAUGCUGCGUAAAAUUAGAAGCGGUUAUCCUUUCCACGAUAAGGAGUACGCUACAGCACUGUCGGAGAAUUUGUCGAAUCCCAGCCACUUGAUGUCGUUCACUUUGGUGGUGACGUUUUGGCUGUCGUGGAUUCCGUAUAUUGGACUAAAACUGUACGAGUAUUUUACUUCUCCGUUGGAAAAUCAACAGGUCCUCCACUUCGGUAUCGUAUGGUUGGGUUUUCUCAACUCAUUCUGGAAAUCUGUGAUCCUGAUCACCAUGAGUCCGCAGUUCAGGCUGGCCCUUAGAAUCUUUUGCAUGACUAUCUGCUGCAGAUAUAAGGGCCGCCUUCAAGCCGAGCUCAUCGGAAUGGACGAUGACUGA